GGGAAUGGCACUUUCAAAACAAAAAGUCUUUCGUACGGUAACAUAGUGGCAUAACUAUUUUAAAGAUGGAGAGCUAAGACACCAGCAAUAAGAGCGAUGACUUCUGCAGUUGAAGGCAAAGGAAAGGGUGGAAGGGACACCAAGGGUGAAAGUGGCAUGAAAAUUGGCCAGGUUAAACACAACAAGAAGAAAGGCAAAAAGAAGGCUGGGAAGCCCCGUCCUCUGGUGCAGACAUCCAAGAAGGGAUUUAGUCCAGUCAAAGGAGAAGUCAAACCUACUAGUGAAGGAGCCUCUACCAAGGAAAUUGCCAUUUCUGCCCAGGGAGGAUCCAUUCCUAUCCAAAGAGAGGUAACUCCAGUCCAGAAAGGAGCUACUCCAGCCCUAGGGGGAGCUAAUCCUGCCCAAGGAGCUAUUCUUGGCCAGGGAGGACCCCUUCCAGGUGGUGAGAUUAAACGCAAUAAGAAGAAGUGCAAAAAGAAAGCUGGCAAGCUCCGUCCUCUGGUGCAGGUGCCCAAGCAUAAAUUCAGCCCUGUAAAAGGAGGAAUUAAACCUACCAGUGAAGGAGCCUUUACUAAGGAACUUGACAUUUCAGCCCAGGGAGCAACCCCUUUUGUCCAAGGAGGAGCCAUUCCUGUCCAAAGAGAUGUAGCAUCAGCCCUAGGAGGGGCAAUUCUUGACCAUGGAGGAGCUAUUUCUACCCUGGGGGAAGCUAACCUUGCCCUAGAAGGAGCCAUCCAAGCCAAGGGUGAAGCUGUUCUUGGCCAGAGAGAGGCAGUUCCAGCCCAGAAAAGAGACAUUCUUAACCAAGAAGGAGCUACUCCAGCCCCAGGGGGAGCUAAUCCUGCCCAAGGUGGAGCCAUUGGUGCCAAGAGUGAAGCCAUUCUUGGCCAGGGAGGAUCCAUUCCUGGUGGCGAGAUUAAACGCAAUAAGAAGAAAUGCAAAAAGAAAGUUGGAAAGGUACGUCCUCUAGUGGAGGUGUCCAGGAGAGGAUAUGACCCUACCCAGAGUGGAGCCGUUCCUGCCCAAGGAGGAGCCAUUCCCACCCAGGGAGGAGCCAUUGAUGCUCAGAAAGGAACCAUUCCUUCCCAGGGAGAAGCCAUUGUUACCCAGAAAGUAGCAAUUCCUGCCAAAGAAGGAGUUAUUCCUGCCCAGGGAGGAGCCAUUCCUGUCCAGGGAGGAGUUAUUCCUACCCAGGGAAGAGUUAUUCCUACCCAGGGAGGAGUCAUUUCUACCCAGGGAGGAGCCAAGACUAAGCAAGGAGGGGACAUUCCUGCCCAGAGUGGAGCCAUUUCUGCCAAGGUUAUAGCCAAGCCUGCCCAGGGAGAAACCAUAUCAGCCUCAUUUGCAGCUAAUUCUGUCCAGGGAGGAGCCAUUCCCAGCAAGGUUGGAAUCAAACCUAAGAAAAAGGCAAAUGUCCCACAGAAGGGUAAAAGAGACAGUGUUACCAAGGGAAAAAAUCUUUCACCCAAGAGGAAAAUGUUGAAGACCUCCAAAGAUCAUAUGACUCUAGAGGGAGACCUAUUGGAGGAAUAUUUGAGGCGGGUUGAAAAGAGGAAUCAGCGCACUUUGUAUGUCAAAGUACCUUCAGCAGUUGAUAUAAAUGAUGCCAAGAUUCUAAAACCUUUGUUUAAUGAUGCAGCUUCGAUGCGGUUUCCACGGCACAAGAUGUAUGGAUAUUGUUACAUUGAGUAUGAAUCCCAGAAAAAGGCUGAGAAAAUGAAACCUAUAUUAGAAGAAAUAGAGAUACUUGGGAGAAGAUGCGAGGUGGACUUUGUUGGAGCAAAAUCUAAGAAUUAUAUACCACCCAAAGUCAUAUGUGUUUACCCUAAAGAGUUAUUUCUGGAUGGUUUGCCUUCAGGCACAACGUAUGAAGACCUGAGGUCAACCUUCUGUACAGCCCAAAUUAUCCAGACCAAGAAAUUUCUCAAAAAAGGUAAUGCCUACAUAAUGUACAAAAGAAAAGAGGAGGCAGAAAAGGUAUUUAGGGAACAGGGUGGCCUUAGAGUCAAUGGACGUGAGGUUAUGGUGUUAUAUGUGAAAGCCAGUCCUAGUGAACAAUCAACUGACCCAGAAGCAAAGCGAAGGAAGGUUGAUGAUACAGCCAAGAGAAAACAAGAUCUCAAAGAUUUGUAGAGAAAAGAUUAUGAUUAAGGCUGACAGUUUUUCAUAUAUCAAGAGGGAUUAAUGUCAGAGAGUCCCAUAUGAUUUAUGUCUCUCCUUUAACUGGAGAAAAAUUGACACUACAUCUGUAAGAUGGAUGAUUACUCUACAAUACAGUAGUAGAGGUGCUGAGAAAUAGCUAGCACACUAAAAUAUAUAUAUUGAAUAUGUAUUAUUUUUUCUGCUGUUGUUGUUGGUUAUUUGAUAAAGAUCACUUUUUAAAAGAAUCAUGAGAGAAUAUGUGAUGUAUUUAUAU